AUGCGCCCGCACGGGGCGGCGCUGCUGCUGGCGCAGCUGCUAGUGCGGAUCGAAAUCGCCGAGCAGGGUGAGCUCGGGCGAGGGCUGCGGCGAGGGCUGCGGGCGCGAGCCGGGGUGAGGGGGCGGCUGGGGCGCGAGGAGGCAGGGGGGAGCUCACCUCGUCUCCUGCCCCCAGCCUUUCGGGACAAGGACCUGCUGCUUCCAGGUUUUCAGAACUCGUCGAUGCUCGCAUGGCCUUGUGGCAUCCAGGGCAUCCAGGUGCGUGUGGUGGGUGGAAAUGAGGCCAAGCUUGGGCACUGGCCGUGGCAGGGCAGCCUGCGCUGGAAUAAAGUCCACAGCUGCGGAGCGAGCCUGCUCAACCGCCGCUGGGCGCUCUCGGCUGCGCACUGCUUUGAAAAGAACAGUCACCCCUCCGAAUGGUCAGUCCAGUUUGGGGAGCUGUCAGUCGCACCAUCCAUUUGGAGCCUGCGGGCCUUCCUGCGUCGAUAUGGAGUCCAGGAUAUUAUCACAUUCCCCCACUUCGGGAAGAAUUUUCAGCAUGACAUCGCCCUGGUCAAGCUCUCCUCCCCGGUUACCUUCAAUAAGCACGUCCAGCCCGUCUGCGUCACGUCCUCCUCUUUGGAGUUCAAGAACCGGAAUGACUGCUGGGUGACUGGCUGGGGGGACAUCCGUGAGAGACAGAAGCUGCCGCCUCCCUAUAAUCUCCAGGAAGUGCAGGUCUCCAUCAUAAACAAAUCCAGGUGUACCUACCUGUUCCAGCAGCCUUAUUACCGCAGAAAUGUCAGUCAUGACAUGAUUUGUGCUGGCUCUGAGGAUGGCGACGCCGACAGCUGCAAAGGUGACUCAGGCGGACCCUUGGUCUGUGAAAAGAAUGGGCGGUGGAUUCAGAUUGGAAUCGUGAGCUGGGGAGUGGGCUGUGGUAGGCGCAACCGGCCUGGUGUCUACACCAAUGUCAGUCGUUACUUCAGCUGGAUCCAGUUGCUGACGGCCCGCGGCACACCCAGGCCAGACCCCUCUCGGUUGCUGCUCCCCCUCGCUCUGCUCUGGACUCUUUUACUCCUGCAGAUGGCCUGGGCACGCUUGAGUCCAUGA